UUCAUUUAAUUGAUCUCUGGAAGGUGUAAGCAUAUGCCUUAACCGAUCAGUUCAAAUAUUAUCUAUUCAUUUGUAGCUGAAUAUAUUCCAAUUCAAAAAAAAAUCAUGAAUAAAUCUAUUCAGUCAUCAUCAACUAUGUCAUCAUCCUAAUCUGACAUGCUACCAUUGAUCAUUAUCAUCACCUCUUGACAUUGUUUUAUUGGGUUAAAUAUCUUGAUUGUACUGGUGUCAAACUUACCUUUUAUUGUAUUACUUAUAGGAAACAAAGUUAGGCAUAAUUAAUUUACAUACUAGUCGUCCUAAAAUUCUACAUCUUGUCUGGAUCAGGUAAAGGUCAUUAUCCAAGAUUCCAGUUAUAAGUACUGGUAAAUGUUUUUAGCUUAAUGCCCUUUCUUUCUUCUUUUGUUUUUCAAUAAGUGAGAGAAUGGACGAUAUUCAGCAAAACUGGAUGGUGAGAUCUUUUAACUUUGCAGAAGAAGCUUUACAAGCUGGAGAGGUCCCUGUUGGGUGUAUAAUUGUGUAUGAAGAUAAAAUCAUUGCUGUAGGAAAGAAUGAAGUGAAUGAAACAAAAAAUGCCACCCGUCAUGCUGAAAUUGUUGCCAUUGACCAGGUGUUGAAGUGGAGUAAAGAACAGGAUAUAAACUCUGCCUUAGUGUUUAGUAAAAGUGUUUUGUAUGUCACUGUAGAACCGUGCAUCAUGUGUGCUGGUGCUCUGAGGCAGGUUGGGAUUCCCCUGGUUAUAUUUGGAUGUCAUAAUGAGCGUUUUGGAGGCUGUGGGUCCAUUCUUUCUAUUCAUGAUGCCAGUCUUGAAAGUCUUGGUCCUUCUUUUCAGUGCAUAGGGGGUAUAAUGAAAGAGAGGGCAGUUGACUUACUGAAAAGGUUUUAUCAAGGAGAAAACCCAAAUGCCCCAGAGGAUAAGAGAAAAGUAAAGAAAGAGGAGCAAAAAGUUUAAGAUAUUAAAUCUCAUAGAAAUUUUAUUUUCUUUACAGA